GAAGGAACAUAAUUGAACAGUUCACCAGACGCGCAGAGCAGUAAAUACCAAAUUACCAAGUAAGCCAUUCAUAGCUAUUUAAAAUCUGCACACACAAAACCCAAAUCAGAAAGAAAAAUCAGAGAAAUCAGAGAAUGUUGGUGGUGCCUUGCAAGUUAAGGAGAUUGCUCAACACAUUCAAUUGAGAAAUACUGAGAAUUGCGAUGGGUUGCGCCGCCUCAAAGUUGGAGAAUCUUCCGGCUGUGGCAUUGUGCCGAGACCGGUGCAAGUACCUGGAGGAAGCUCUCAGCCAAGCCCAAGUUCUGGCUGAUGCCCACGUCGCUUACUUGGCCUCCCUCAGGACCCUUGGCCCCGCUCUCCACCGUUUCUUCCAUGACAUUCCCGCAGGAAAUGAACCGCCGCCGCCACCAGAAUCAGACUCGCACCUCCAAUUCCCUUCCGACUCCGAAUCCGAAUCCAAAGAGGACCACACCGUUAAACAGUUGGGUGAAACGCCGACACCAGUUUCUGAGCGUGAUCAAUAUUUCAGGGAAGGGGAGGGGGAGACCUACAAAAAUUCAGCCCGCGGACUGACUUCCGAACCCCUUCCUCAGCCACCGCCUCCGCUUAGCUCCGCUUGGGAUUUCCUUAGUCUGUUUGAUGCCUACGAGAGGGAUAUUUACCUAGCACCACUUUAUUCUUGCACUAAUUCGGAUCUUGAAGAAGCUGCUCAUACUCCUGCACUUGCUGCUGCCGCUGCUGACAAAAUCAAAGUCGAUAAUUGUGGCGGCAAUAACGAUAUCAAUGUUAAACACAAUACUAAAAAUAUUGGAGAUAAUCAGGAAGAGGAGAGUAGGUCAGGAAAGAGUAAGACGACUCAUAUGGCGACGUCGACGGCAACUCCUCCGUCUGUCUCUGUCUCGGUCCCUGUGCUAGAAGAAACAGAGGCAAUGCGAGAGCUUAAUCUUCUAUUUGACAGGGCGUCUGAGUCCGGGAAUCAAGUUUUAUUGUCGCUGCAGUCUCAUCAUCACACGAUUUCUCUUGAUCAGGAGUAUGGAUUUGAUGACCGUGAGGGCUUGGUGAUGAGCUCGCAAAACCUUUCUUACACUCUGAAGACGCUCUUCCUGUGGGAAAAGAAACUUUACCACGAAGUCAAGGCUGAGGAAAGAUUGCGCGUUACGCACGAGAAGAAGAGUAGAAUGCUGAAACAUUUAGAACAUGGCAACGGCAAUACUACUAGUGCUGCUGAGGCUCCCAAACUCAACCCCCUUCGCAGUGCAGUCCGCGAUCUUUUAACAAAAAUGAAAAUUGCAAUUCAGAUUGUUGACAAAAUAUCAAUUACCAUCAACAAGUUGAGGGACGAGGAGCUAUGGCCGCAAAUUAUCGAAUUCAUCAACAGGUUACUCGACAUGUGGAAAGCUAUGGUAGAAUGUCACAAGAGUCAGUACCGAGCAAUGGUGGAAGCCAAGGGUUUAGAUGGCGUUGCAAUAUCCAAAGCAAAGUUGAGCGGCGCACAUAAUGCUGAAACUGCAAUUCGACUCAAGUUAGAGCUUCAAAACUGGAAUGUGUGCUUCUCCAAUUGGAUUGUCGCCCAAAAGGUGUAUGUAAAAGCAUUAAAUGGAUGGGUUCAAAGAUGUCUUCUACACGAACCAAAUGUAGCCGAUCAAGAAUUAACAGCAGACGAGGCUAUUGGAGCACCGCCCGUUUUUGUGAUAUGUAAUGAGUGGUCACAAGCUAUGGAUAGACUCUCAGAUGAGGAAGUUGUUGAAGCCAUCGGGGGAUUCACAACUAGUAUACAUACGCUUUUAAUGGAAGGCAACAAUAUUAAUGUAGAAAUGGUGCAGCAAAGGAUGGUAGCUGAAAACAAAGAUGUAGCAAGGAAAGUAAAGUUUUUGGAGGCAGAGGAGGGGAAGGAACAGAAGAUACUGCAUAAGCUGAUGCGCGGUAGAGGAGGAAAAAAGAACGUUGCUUCGAGUAGUUUGCGAGCAGGAGAAGAUGAGUCGAACAGAGAGAGACUGCAGCAACCGAGUCGGAGUGACAGGAAUAUUAAUCUAGUGUGGGAUUUGAAGCAGACAUUGAUGGCGAUGGAGAAAUUCACCGCAAACGCAUUGCAAGCAUACAAUGAGAUUCAUGCACACAUUGAACGACAACAAGUCAGCUGCAGGCAAUCCGGAUGAUGAAUUAACAAAUAAAAGUGCCAAGUCUUUACUUCUUUUAUUUUUUUUUUAAAUAAAAAGAUCAUAGGCCACUUAGCUUUCUUAAUGAUGAAACUUUGCUCGGCUCCGAUCUCAAAAGCGGGAGGUGGUGGAAUGGAAUGCAUAUUUUAAUACUAUAGGCUACCUAUGUGGAUAAUAUCGUUUGUUAAAAAAAACUAUUAAGAACUGGUUUUUGUAUAUAAUUUUUUUUUUCGUUUUA